GAUAUUACCACGGGACCACCACGAUAUCUAUAUAUAUGCAUCUAAACAUUUUCACCACCACUUCGUCACUUCUUCGUUCUCCUCUCUCUCGAUCGAAUUUUCUCUCUCUCUCUCUCUCUCUCUCUCUCUCUAUAGAUCGGAGCUCUGUAUCAGUCUGCAAUGGCUGCUGCCACUUUGAGCGCCGCAGAUUCCGAGAAGCUCUCCAAGCUCCAAUCUGCUGUAGCUGGCCUCUCUCAAAUCAGUGAUAAUGAGAAAUCUGGAUUCAUAAACCUAGUCGCUCGCUCUCUCAGUGGCGAAGCACAGCACGUAGAAUGGAGUAAGAUUCAGACUCCUACUGAUGAGGUGGUGGUUCCUUAUGACAGUUUGGCACCCACACCGGAAGAUCCUGCCGAAACCAAGAAGCUUUUGGACAAACUUGUUGUGCUAAAGCUUAAUGGAGGCUUGGGAACAACAAUGGGUUGUACUGGUCCUAAAUCUGUCAUUGAAGUUCGUAAUGGGUUGACAUUCCUAGACUUAAUUGUCAUCCAAAUUGAGUCCCUGAACUCCAAGUAUGGAUGCAAUGUGCCGCUGCUACUAAUGAACUCAUUCAACACCCAUGAUGAUACACAGAAGAUUGUAGAAAAAUAUGCUAAAUCAAACAUUGAGGUCCAUACAUUUAAUCAGAGCCAGUACCCUCGUCUGGUUGUUGAAGAUUUUAUGCCAGUUCCGUGCAAAGGAAAUACUAGCAAAGAUGGAUGGUAUCCUCCUGGCCAUGGUGAUGUGUUUCCAUCAUUGAAGAAUAGUGGCAAGCUCGAUGCAUUGUUGUCUCAGGGAAAGGAAUAUGUCUUUGUUGCAAACUCAGAUAACUUGGGGGCUGUCGUUGAUCUGAAAAUCCUGAAUCAUUUGAUUCGAAACAAGAAUGAGUACUGUAUGGAGGUGACACCCAAAACUUUGGCUGAUGUGAAAGGCGGUACUCUGAUUUCCUAUGACGGAAAGGUUCAGCUCCUGGAGAUUGCACAAGUUCCUGAUUCACAUGUCAAUGAAUUCAAAUCUAUUGAGAAGUUCAAAAUUUUCAAUACCAACAACUUGUGGGUGAACUUGCAUGCAAUUAAACGACUUGUUGAAACAAAUGCAUUGAAGAUGGAGAUUAUUCCAAACCCUAAGGAAGUGGAUGGAAUAAAAGUUAUGCAGCUGGAAACAGCGGCUGGUGCUGCAAUCCGGUUCUUCGAUCAUGCUAUUGGUAUUAAUGGUCCUCGAUCUCGAUUCCUUCCAGUGAAAGCAUCUUCUGAUUUGCUUCUUGUCCAGUCUGAUCUUUACACCUUGAAUGAUGGCUAUGUGACCCGAAACAAAGCUAGAGCAAAUCCUGCAAAUCCUUCUAUUGAAUUGGGACCUGAAUUUAAAAAGGUUGCCGACUUCUUGAGUCGUUUCAAGUCCAUCCCUAGUAUCAUUGAACUUGAUAGCUUAAAGGUGACUGGUGAUGUUUGGUUUGGAUCUGGCAUUACUCUCAAGGGAAAAGUGGUAAUUGCUGCAAAAUCAGGGGUAAAGUUGGAAAUCCCUGAUGGAGCUGUAAUUGCUAACAAGGAGAUCAAUGGUCCUAAGGAUAUUUGAAACUGAGCUCAUAUUGUAAUACUGAGUUUACUUGAAGGUUGAGUGAUGUAUUGUUUGUUUUGACCUUGUAAUAUUUUUGAUAGUUAAAAUAAAUGCACGAUUUUGUGCUGCCGAUGGCAAUUACAAUGCGUGCAUGGAGAUGUGUUUGCUGUAGCGGUUCGGUUUUUGUCCAAUCCGCUAAGGCGGAGGACGUGCCUUUAUGGUUGCAUUAAUAUUAAUAGUUUAACAAAAUAAUAAUAUCCAGUUUAGUUAAUAAAA